AUGCUCGCACGUACCACACGAAAUGUGCUCUUAAAGCAGUCUCGCCAGACCUUCAGCUUCCGCGGCUGUCUUCAGGCGAAAAAGGCAACUCUAUCUCGUGGCGCACGGACAGCUACCACCCUCAGUGCACCUUCACCCGCGACUGGUGAUGAUGUGGACAUCAUAGCCGACUUCGACAUCCCCUACCUCACACAGCCCAGUUCUGGUCUUGCGCGGACUGGUAUGUUUGGCCAUGAAUUUCUCACUACUCCUAUGGCCUUCGUUGAAUUGGCGGACUCUACUCUGUGCCGCGCGCAACUUCUCACUCACAGAAUACACAAGUCCAAGGAUUCGCGGGAGGAGCUUUUCAAGGUCGUGAAGCACCUGGACAGGCUCAGUGAUCUUCUAUGCGGCGUCAUAGACCUUGCUGAGCUCGUCAGGAAUGCUCAUCCUGACCCCGAAUGGACGCAGAGUGCCGAGCAUGUCUACGAGAAGAUGUGCGAGUUCAUGAACGUCCUAAAUACUGAUGUUGACUUGUACCACGUGCUGCGAGCUGUUCUGUCCGACCCCGAAGUGUUCAAGUCGCUCGGGCCAGAAGCUCGCGAGACUGCUCUUAUUUUCUGGAGGGACUUCGAGAAGUCCGGGAUCAACCUACCUCCAGACAAAAGGAAUAAAUAUGUCUCCCUCUCGUCAGAGAUCCUGCACCUUGGACGGCAGUUCCUGAAUGAAACCGCUAGCUCACGCCCACCAGCUGUCAUCAAGCCACAUGAGCUUACUGGACUCAAGGACAAGGCUAUGGGGACACGUCUGCGACUUCAAGCGCAGUUUACCCAGCGAGAUCUAGUUGUGUACCCCGGAUCUUUGCAAGCACAGAUGAUCAUGCACUCUGCACCGGAGGAAGAGCCGCGACGAAAAGUCUACAUGGCUGCCAACUCGAGCACAUCAGGGCAAAUCGGGAUUUUAGAGGACCUUCUCCACGCCCGCGGCGAAUUGGCUCGUUUGGUUGGGAAGCCUAGCUUCGCCCAUAUGACCCUGGCCGAUAAAAUGGCGAAGUCUCCUGAAAACGUCGCGCAUUUCCUGAAUGCUCUCUUAGACCAUACGCGACCCCACGCUCGCAGAGCGUUGCGCACUCUCAGUUUACGGAAGCAAGAACAUCUACAUACGUCGCCAUUCCCUACAAUACAGGCCUGGGAUAGAGACUACUACUGCCCUCCCGAGCCGCCAGCUCCACCUGUUUCACUUCCCCCACUUACCUUAGGUACAGUCUUCAUGGGACUAUCACGCCUAUUCCGUAAUCUCUACGGCAUUACCCUUCGCCUUACUAAAGUCACACCCGGCGAGGUGUGGCAUCCCGACGUUCGGAAGCUGGAAGUCGUAGACGAGAAGUCCGGAGUCAUAGGAUGGAUCUAUGCCGAUCUUUUCGCGCGACAAGGCAAGCCAAGCGGCGCGGCACACUACACCGUCCGUUGCUCACGACGAACGGACGACGACGACGCGCACCACGACCUCGACGACGCUUGGGACGAGGGCGCCCUAAGGGCGAUUCAGCUAUCUGACAAGUUCGAGAACGCUCACCGAGCUAAGAUACCGGGCUCCGAGGGUGUCUUCCAGCUGCCUGUUGUGGUAUUGCUGUGCGAAUUCACUCGGCCAU